AUGUCAAUCAAUCGCGCUCUUUCCAAAAAGCAUUGCCAUGAAGAAGACAAGGAGAACCCAUACAGCUUUUUCCAAGUAAGAAAUUACCAGGCCCAACAAGAGGCGGUCUUUUUGACCAUUCUCAAUCAAGAGUAUGAUGUUGUGUUAGAAGUCCCUCAAAAGAAGAGUGUUAUAGCAUUGAGUUAUUUUAGAGUCAUUCGUUUAAAAAGUCCAGAAAGAAACAUUGAAUUUGGAAGUGAAUUAAAUUCACUUCUGGAGAAGAUGUACUUUAACGACAUGACUCUUGGAGUGACUGAAGGAACGGCAUCAAGACGACUUGAAAUUAAUCGGAUCUCAGAGUCCAUACAUAAAUUGAUUGAACUCAUUGAACCCAUUACUUUACUAAAAAAGUGUUUUAUGGGGAAGAGAAAUUCACGAGCGUCUGUUGUGGAGUUGUCUUUUGAUGGCAUCAACAUGAAAAAAGAUGAUAUUGAGAAGAAAGGGGAAAGAAUAAACAAAGCAAUAACAUUAAGAAUGAAAGGACUACAAAGAAAAGAUGUCAUUACAUUGCCAAAACAAGAUUUGGAACUUAUGUCUCUCUUUUUCGUGUAG